AUGGCAGACAACAUGUGUGGCCCUUCCAACGGCGCCAAGGAUCUUCUAGCGCAUGCGGACCGCGAUCGCACCAUCCACCAGGAUCGCCUUGUCAAUGCGCCGCAGGCCGGCCCGGGCAAUGCUUUCCGCUCCCAACUCCCCGUCGACCAUGGCGCCGCCGAGAUGGCCUUCGGAAACUUCCAGGAGGGCGGCGCUCCCAUGGACGCGACCUUCAAUCCCGGCUUGCAUAUGACCACCGUCGCUCCGAUCGGUCACCACGCCCCUGGCGCUCCGGCCUACGGUCCUCCCGCCGUCGGUACCCCUAUGUCGAUGGGUUAUGCUGGUCCUAGCGCUCCUGCUGCUCGUCUGGCUUCUCCUCUGAUUGGUAGCGACUCUCACCAGGAGUGGGUUAAUCAGUUCGCGCGCAUGCAGGUCGCUCCUGGUGCGGCUGGCCCGGGCACUGCGAUGCCGAACCAUCUGAUGAACCCGGCCAUGCGUCUUCAGUCGGCUCCCUUUGGCGCGCCUAUGCUCGGCGGUGCGCCUCCCGCUCUUCUCCCCUUCCACGGCCCAGUCAUGAACGCAGGCACCCAGGAACAGGCUCAAGUUGGCCCCUUGCAGGACAAUGCGGCUUUGAUCGACGACGAGGCAUUCAACCGCGCCUUCGACGAAUAUGACGACGUCUUCGUCGAUCAGUCCGCCGACUGGGAAGAGAAGCAGAAGCUCGCUAACACCGAGUUCAUCAAAGCUCAGGACCAGUGGAUGGCUGAGCACGGCCCGCGCGCCGAAUCGAAGCGCGUGGUCACGCCGCCCACCGCCGAGGAGAUGAAGGUGAUUGACGCCGACCUCGAGAAGAUCGCGCAGGAGCAAGACAAGAAGCGCUCCGAGGACGAGCUUGCGCGCGCCGCUGGCGAAAUCGUCAAUUCGGUCAUCGACGACGACUCGGACAAGUUCAAGAACUCGCGCUUCUUUGAGCUGAUGCGCCGCAUCCGCGACCGCGAGGUGGUCAUUGCGGGUGACAACUUCGUCGACACAGCCACUGGCGAGAAGGUCGAGCAGAGCCAUAGCGAUGAGGGUGAUUCGGGCUUCAACUCGGAAGCGAUUGCGAAUGGAGAGAGCAACGGUGCCGGUUCGCAUUCCGCUUGA